UUGCUGCUCUGCUAUUUCUUGCAACUUUUAAUGCUCACAACCACGUAUUCUUCCAAACAAUUUUUGUUUGUUUUAUAUGAUAUUUACCAAUAUAUAUGAUUAUUGUUAAUACUGUGGCUUAUAAAAUCUGGUUGGCUGGUCAGAAACUUGAGGAGAAAAAGUAUUAGUAUUGAGAAAUGAGGAAAGGAUUACACCCUCAGAUGCAGUGGAUAUCCUAUGUAACUCAGAGUGGAAGAUUGAUGCACGUUAUGAUGACUAAGAUACACAAUGUCGGUAAAGUCUACCACUUGAAAGCGAAACGCCAAAUGGCUGAGAAUGUUGGGCAGAUUGCUAAGUUUAGGCAACGUUAUGAAAAGGGGAUUCCUGAGAAACAUGAAACUUGAUAUUAUUAGUAGAGACUCUAGACUUCAAAAAGAAGUAUUCUUAGUUUGGUUUCAAAAUAAACAUGAUGUGGUAGAGUGCAAUUAAUCACCUCUCUUUAGAUGUUCUAUGGAUUGUUUUGUUGUGGGAGAAGUUUCCAUUUUGAUCAUAGCAAUAGUCAUGUGGCUUUGUUGAACUAUGUUAUUCCUUACUAGCACUUUGCCAGGUUAUAUAAAAUUCUAAUAUUUGAGUUCUUGCAUUUAUUAAAUA